GAGGAUGCGCAGUCGCUAAAGUCGAAGAUGCGUGAGCGGGCAAGGCCAAAACUCGGUCGAAUCAACAUCGAUUAUCAGAAGUUGCACGAUGCAUUCUUUAAAUGGCAAACAAAACCAGUAAUGACUCAUAUGGGCGAGCUGUAUUAUGAAGGUAAAGAGUUGGAAACGGUUAUGCGCGAGAAGAAGCCGGGUGAUCUCUCUGAUGAAAUCAGAAUUGCUCUCGGAAUGCCAGUUGGUCCAAAUGCGCACAAAUUUCCACCGCCAUGGCUGAUUGCAAUGCAACGGUAUGGGCCACCGCCAUCCUAUCCAAACUUAAAAAUACCGGGACUGAAUUGCCCAAUACCAGAAGGAUGUGCAUUCGGUUAUCAUGCUGGCGGAUGGGGCAAGCCACCGGUUGACGAACUUGGCAAACCUCUCUACGGUGAUGUGUUCGGUCUUGAGGCGCCGACACUCCCGGAAUUGGAUGAUGAGUCAAGAAUUGAAAGACGUCACUGGGGUGAAAUUGGCAGCGAUGAGGAUUCUACAGCUGGAAGUGAUGAGGAGGACGAAGGUGGCGCUGAAGGGGCAGACGCCGGUUUUAUUACGCCAGCUCCUACCGAAGGGUGCGCUUUCUCUUUUUCUGCGUUUUGUGCUGUAACACCACACACAGAAAUAAGGUCGUUAUAG